AUGGAAAGUCCUACCACAUCUACCGUGUGUUCAAGAAGCCCUGAAGCCCUUUUAUCUUUCACAACCAAUACCGCCACAUCCAUCCUUCCAUGCUCUAAAAAGGCAAAGCAACAAUUCCAUCCAACCACUACGCGUCCUCUUCCACCACUCGGCAACUUUAUAGCCAACCUAUUCCAACGAUCUGAGUUACCACCAAGCGUUUGUUUAGUAUCAUUGAUCUACUUGCAACGGUUGAAAGCACAUUUACCACCCUAUGCUCGUGGCAACUUGGAUACACCAUACCGCUUAUUCCUCGCUGCCAUCAUUACGGCAUCCAAAUUCAUGCUCGAAUCGACACAAUCGCUUUCGAAUCAGAAGGUUGCAGCCAUGAUUGAUUAUGUAUAUUCCCCCAAAGACAUUAAUGCCAUGGAACGAAGCUUCUUGGGCCUAUUGAAGUUUGAUCUUUUCGUGAAUCUGGACGCCAUCAAGGAUUAUCUUGCCAUGCAUGGCCCAACACUCGAAAUGGAUCUGGUCGAAAACACGUUCUAG